CUGUUAAACUUUUUCAAUAAUAUUAAAAUGAUUUUAACCAAAAAAAAUUAAAAUUAUUUUUGCAUUGAGGACUUCCCAGUAAUUUAAGAUGAAGUCCAUCUUGUUGUUGCUAAAAAAAAUUAACCACCAAUUUUAAUAUUUUCAUCUGCAACCGCAUAAAUGCUUUGCAUCUAGUGUUAUAUAGAUAUAAAUAUAGAUAAUCAUCAUUUUAAAUUUAUACCCAAAGUUGACCUUUCACCCCUAAAUUUUCCAUCAAAUCCUAAAAUGGAUGUAGAAAUCAUUGAUCAUAUCACUUUACGCCCAAUUGAAAUUUCAGAUGUUGAUGAUUUCAUGGUAUGGGCAACAGAUGAAAAUGUUAGCCGUUUUUGCACUUGGGAUAUUUACACUUCAAAAAGUCAAGCAUUCGAAUUUAUCAACAAUAUUGCUAUUCCUCAUCCAUGGCUUAGAGCUAUUUGUAUUAAUAACAGAGCAAUCGGGUCGAUUUCCAUCACACCCCAUUCAGGUUUAGAUAGUUGCAGAGCGGAGCUAGGGUAUGUACUUGCUCAAAAAUAUUGGGGUAAAGGGAUUGUAACAAGAGCAGUGAAAAUGGUGACAUCUGCUGUAUUUUCUGAGUUUCCAUAUCUUGAAAGGCUUGAAGCUUUGGUGGAUGUAGAUAAUAAAGGGUCACAAAGGGUGCUGGAAAAAGCUGGGUUUUUAAGAGAGGGAAUUCUGAAGAAGUACAUAAUUUUGAAGGGGAAAUCCAGAGAUAUUGUGAUAUUCAGCUUUCUAUCAACCGAUUCUCUUCGAUCGUAGUGGCCAGUUUUUGGCGGAUUCAGGAUUUGAACUUGUUUUUAGCUGAACUCGUAGUUUUUAAACUAUGAGUUGUGAUUUCAUGUUUGUUGAAAUUUUAGUGUAUUUUCACUUGUAAUUAUAUGCUCGGUGUAAAAAUGAAAAGUUUCAAAUGAAUCCUUUGUCC